CCAUGGUGGAGCAGGGAGACGCGGCGCCGCUACUGCGCUGGGCCGAGGGCCCCGCGGUCUCUGUGCCGCAGGACCCCGCGCUGCAGGCGGGAGGAUGGGCUCGGGGCGGCGGUGGGAGCGGCCGAGCCGCCGCGGAAGCGUCCCGAAGGCGGGAACCCGACGAGCCAGCACCCCCCGAAGUGCUGCUGCAGCCCGGGCGUCUGGAACUGGGCGACGUGGAGGAGGACCAGGUGGUGGCUGUGUUCGUGGUCACCUUCGAUCCCCGCUCGGGAAACAUGGUAGAAUGGUGCUUACCACAAGACAUUGACCUUGAAGGUGUCGAGUUCAAGUCUAUGGCCAGUGGGUCCCAUAAAGUUCAGUCUGAUUUCAUCUAUUUUCGAAAGGGGCCCUUCUUUGGCCUGGCCUGCUUUGCCAACAUGCCCGUGGAGAGCGAGCUGGAGCGCGGGGCACGGAUGAAGUCUGUGGGUAUCCUCUCUCCCUCCUACACCCUGCUGUACCGCUAUAUGCACUUCCUGGAGAACCAGGUUCGACACCAGCUGGAGAUGCCUGGACACUACUCUCAUCUGGCCGCAUUCUAUGAAGACAAGAAAGGGGUGCUCCAUGCCGGUCCUGGAAGGGGCGGCAGCCUGCCACCCGUCUACUGGCUGCCUUCCAUCCACCGCUACAUGUACCCCGAGAUGAAGAUCACACACCCGGCUGGCUGCAUGUCUCAGUUUAUUAAGUUCUUUGGAGAGCAGAUCCUCAUUCUUUGGAAGUUUGCCUUACUCCGAAAGCGCAUUCUGAUAUUUUCUCCCCCACCCGUGGGCGUCGUGUGCUACAGAGUGUACUGCUGCUGUUGUCUGGCCAAUGUCUCUCUGCCUGGCAUUGGAGGCACCAUCCCCGAGUCGAAGCCUUUCUUCUAUGUGAACGUGGCUGACAUUGAGAGCCUGGAAGUAGAGGUGUCCUAUGUAGCCUGCACCACAGAGAAGAUAUUUGAGGAAAAGAGGGAGCUGUAUGAUGUCUACGUGGAUAACCAGAAUGUAAAGACACACCACGACCACCUGCAGCCCCUGCUGAAGAUCAACAGCGCAGACAGGGAGAAGUAUCGCCGGCUCAACGAACAGAGGCAGAUGCUGCUGUACUCCCAGGAAGUUGAAGGAGACUACAACCCUUGUGAAGAAGACCUCUUUGUGCUGUUUUUCCUAGAGCAAAACAACCGGAUUUUUCAGACUCUGUUGGAGGUGUCCGCCAGUCAAGAUAAAACUCUAACAGCAGAGCAUGCCCGUGGCAUGGGACUGGACCCGCAGGGAGACAGGAGCUUUCUGAUGGACCUGCUGGAGGCCUAUGGCAUCGAUGUCAUGCUGGUCAUUGAUAACCCCUGUUGUCCAUAGGAGGAGGACCAGGACUUGGUGGUGAGCCGCUCAUGUGGGGUGACAGGAGCCUGGAGUGCACCCCAGGCCCUCGGCAGCUUCAGUUUAAGUUAACACAAAGGACUGUUUAGACUCUCCAACCCAUUCAAUGUGUGCCAUUUCCUUUCUCCCCUCCGCCCUGGGGCUGAGGUGAGGCCAUCCGGGUUUUGUAGCCUUUGGUUGGACAUUGGAAUCUACUGUCUUCCACUGCUGCUGCUUUGGGUUUGGUCUUAGGAGUUCUGUCAGUCAGAGUGAGUCAGACUCUGGGAUGAACUGUUCAGAAGAUCUGUGCAUCUUCAUCCUUUGUUGCACUCAAGAACAUGAUAACCAUGAGUCCUAGUAUGGCCUUAGACGUGCAUCUGCCUAAAACCAGAAACUAAUCAGAUGACCUUUCAGGGUCACCAAGUUCUAGGGUCGGGUUGGGAUGACCUGUUUGUCAUAGGACAAGUCUGCGUCUUCUGUGUUGACUGUAGUGGGGACCACAGAGAAGGAAAGCAGUGCUUCUGACCGAAUGUCAGGGAAAGGUAGAAAACUAGAAUGCAUCUGAAACCCUUUCUAAAGUAAGGUAAUGGUAGCUACACAGUGUAGCACACCCCUCGCCCCUCCUGCACCCGAAUCCCCUCGGGAUGGGUUGGUGAAUUCUGAAGGUUGGAGCUGGCCCCCGGAGCUUAUAUAAGCUCAUUUGACAUUUGAGUCUCUUUUGAGGACUGACUAUCUUCUUGGUGUAACAGGUUCAACAGGCAAGGGAAGACAUCUUACGGUUCUCUGAGAGCUCUCCGGAGGGAUUAUUUGCCGUCCUGAAGCAGAUAUUUCUAGUGAAUUCGGAAAUGUAGCCAGGGUCUGAGCUGGUUGACUCAGUUUGGGAUGUGGUAGGAACAGGUCUCUUAACUGGUUUAAAACUCCCACAAACUUAUCUUUAGCAGAGACAACAUUCCUUAGCCUAAGCAAUUGGAUCCACAGAUCCAACAGAUUUGACAGGGAAAAUAAAAAGUGCCUCCCCUGCCUGGAGAAUAGCUGGAAACCGCAGACAAACAACCAUGCCUGCUUUCUUUGGCCUGGGAUGGAACUUGUAGCCACCUUGUUCUUUGGGGCUGGGUCACUCGCGACUGCCAGGUUCCUAGAUGAGACACUAGGUGAGAGGCAGGUGUUAACCAUACUCAGAAAGCCAGUUCCAGUGCUAGUCUCCUUAAAGAUUCUGACUGAGUUUGCAUUUUCAGUAAUGAUUUCUUCUCCUGUGCUCCUACUGCCUGCCUCUGUUACAUGUGAGCAGCCAGCCAGCCAUCCAACACCCACGUCUGUAGUAGCCAAAGAGCAGUCAGGCCGAUGUCCGCAGCAAGAGAACUUCAGACGGCGGGGCUCUGCCUCUUAUCUCAAGUCUAGGUUCUCGCUUAACUCAAGUAUUUUCGCCGUAGUUCCCUGAUUAAAAACUCAAGAAGGAAGAGAUUUGUGUGUGUGGAGAAGCAAAUACACACUGAUGAGUCAGGGUAACAUCUUUCUGUAAAUAUAUAAAUAAGUUUGGGCACUGGCAUAAACUGUUCGGCUAAUAGGUUUUUCUCCUCUGCAAUGUGGGUUUAGCGGUCAUCCCAGUAACAUGUUUACAAAAAACACAGCUGUGCUCAGUGGUGCAAGCUUCACCUGCUCCUUCCUGUGGCUGACUUCUCCUCGUGCCCCAGGGCCGACUGAACAGCGACUUCCAGUGAUCUCUGAGAGCCUCGAAGUUGGGCGUAGAUAGCCAGCCAGGGAUAGGAAGAGCCCUUGCUGAGAACCUCCCCAGAGCCUUCUGCUUGCCACCACUGUUCCCUGUGCUGUUGCAAGCUGAUCUAAAGAUAGCAAGGGUGAGAAAGGCUGUCCUUUGUGAAGUUGGGCCCUGUGGACCCUUUUAAACUAAGCAGCCGAUUUCCUGGUCUCUUUGUAUCCCGCCCACCCUUGCAGAGGACCAGUGUAUAGGUGGCCCCAGAGGGAUACAACCCCCAGAUGAUGCCAUGUCUUAGGUCAUAGGUUCUGGGCUCAGCUGACCCCAGAGCAGGACUUCUUGUUCAACAUCUCUUCCAAUCCUUCCCUACUCUGCCAGCUUCCUCCUGCAGCCAGAACCUGGCACAGACCUGUGUGGCCCAACAGAUGUAUGUUAGCACCUCUGCAGCCUUUGCCUCUGUUAUCAGCUUCAGAGUACGUCUUAGAAGUGAAUUCCUGUCUGUGUCCCCGUGAGGUCUCACUUCAUACCACACUGAUCCCCCCCAGUGGCGGUGAGCCAUGCAGGCCUGCCUCAUGUGCUGCAAGUUCCCCGUACAGCGAAGAAGUUUGGGUAGAUGGAUACAGGACCCCCUCUACCAUGAUGGCACAGAAGCUGGCAGCCACAGGAUUUGCUCUUUUUUGCCACUUUUGAAAUACUUUCUGAAAACCCAUCUGGUUUUAUUAGGAAGAAAGAAGUGGGUUCACACCCUUCACAAUUCCCUAGGUCUGACAGUCAGCAGAGUCAGGCAUUUUUUUUCUUUUAAAUUACCACUGGCCUCUAGGGAACAGGGUUAAAAAUUCAGAUGUGGGUCCUGCCACUCUUCCGGUGGCCCCCACCAGAUCCCUGCCUAAGCUAACAGAGCCCUUCUGGGAAGCACUAAACCCCACCUGUACCAUGCUGUGAACCAUGUGCCAACCCAGAAGCACUUCCUGACUUGAGUUGCUGGCUACUCAGUCAUUCUUAAAUUAGAAGAAAUUCCAAGUGGCCACAAUCCUCAGAGGGAUUGGGGUUUUAGAUCUGUGGACAUCCAUAUUAAAGUGGAUGUUGUCAAUUUCAUUAGCAGAUGGUAGGAAACACUUGGCUAGCUGGUGCCUGGCUCAGGACUUUUUCUCCAGAAGGAGUAAAAAAUAGCACAGCUUAUCCCCCCCCCCCCCCCCC